AGGGUUCACAUACUUUUUCUUGCCACUGUAUUUGCAAACUGCGCAAAUAUAAUUUUCUGGACACCAAAUGUAGUCAGCCUAAAUCUUUUGGUUUCAUUUUAAGACACUACAGGAUCAGACUUGUCCAGAGCAGAUUAUGGAUAAAUAUUUUUUUCCUUUUUCCAUCUGUAAAAUACUAAACGAUAUAUAUUGAAAAUGCAUUUUUUCCACAUUUUUUUUCAUGGCAUUUUUUUUUCACAUAAAAUGUUGUCUGGAAUAGAAAAUGUCCAACAUAUCAACAAGUCUCUCUGGGCCAGUCUGAGGAAUAUAUCUAAGGAUAACCAUAUACAAUUUGGUGAAGGCAGAUGCUUCUUUAUGCAGCUUCUGAAGCAGAUGCAGCUUCUUUUUUUCUCAGCUUCUGAAACUGAGAAAAAUGUGUUGGCCUGUGGGAAGAGUCUGACUUUCAAGAAAUGGCAUUUCAUUUCAAGUACACCACUGAAUUAAGACUACAAAAGGCCAAAAGCCUAUUUAGACACAAUCAUCACUUCUUCAAAGUUACUAAACGUAGUCCAGUUUGUAACAUUCUCUGUGAAAUGGGCUUAGCAAUGAUGUGUCAUUCAACGUAGUUAGCCUAGAAAUUAUUGACACAUGCCCAUUUUAUGUGGUUAAAAUUCAUACAAAUGUGAAUGGCAGUAUGAUCAACUUUAGAAAAUAUACAUUUUCAUCAAGUUUUUUUUACAUUUUCAAUUUCACUUUUUUGAAAAUACUAAUAUUAAUGGACCAAAAUACCAACAAAUCUCAAAAUUGACAGGUAGAUGCAACAUUUUUAUUUCAGCCUGUGGUGCUUGGCUUUAAGGGCAUUACUGUACCAAUAGGAACUUUACCGCCACCUGGUGGUUAUUGGAUUAGGCUACUCCACCACACACUCUAAUGGGUACAUUUCACUUUCUGACCUAUAGGGAGUUUUAUCCCUUGUAAAUAAUAAUAAUAGGCAAUAUUAAUUUAGCUUACUGAUCAGUGUAAUCCUUAUGUGUCGAGGCCCGGCCCUAUAUGUUGCUGCUGUUUUAACCAAGAUAUCCAUUGGAAAUUGUGAAAAAAUUAGUAAAGGCCUAAUGAUUAUCGAUAUAUAGCCUGUUUUGAGCUUAUCACCAUUUAACUAUGUUUGACAUCGUCCAUCCAAACUGUUUGACACCAUUCCAUUGGUUUGUCAAUGUCAAUAGGACAGGUGUGAUCCAAAUUGCCCCAAUGUCCUUAUAGCAUACGUCAGAGAUUCCAAUUGCGUUUCCCAACAUAGUUCGACUAGGGUGAUGCAUUAGUAACAAAUUAUGUUAAUCAUCAGGUGACGUCGGUAUUAUGCCGCCAUCCCCCUUCUAACCAUCACAUCACAGCCACCCGUCCCACCUCGUUGACGAGGCGACGAUGGGUAUAUAAACCCCCUUGUGUUGGAGUGAAACAAAAGACCAGCGAUUUGCUGCAAAGACACCAGUUGGAAAAGGAACAAGGUAGAAGCCAAGCAAAGAAUCCACGCUGCUGGACGCAGACACCACUUGUCUUAACUACCUGUAGCUCACGUCAAGUCUUCUCAAAAUGGCCGUUAUGCUGAAACCCUGGACCGUCUUGGUCGCCUUGGUGUUGUGCGUGCUGGUGUGUCUCGGGACUUUCGUGGACGCUUACCCGCCUAAACCGGAGAACCCUGGAGAAGACGCGCCUCCCGAAGAGCUGGCCAAAUACUACACCGCGCUCAGACACUACAUCAAUCUCAUCACGAGACAGAGGUAUGGAAAGAGGUCCACCCAGGAGGGAGUGAUGUCAGAGUUGCUGUUCGGCAACAACGCAGAGAGAGACCAGCGAUCAAGACUUCUCUCUCUCUCUCACUCGAAGUCUCAGCCUCACCUCUUCACACGAAGACAAUUGUACAUAAUGAAUAGUUCAAUUAAGAUAUAAAAUAAAAAAGAUAUAAUGAUUUGAUGAAAUCAUACGUGUAACCUACACUGCUGUAUGUCUUAACAGAGAAUGAUCUUUUAUGGUUGGUACUGUAUAAAUGCUUUGUGUGUGAUUAAAGCUUGAUGGAUGACUAUGACAAGAGAGA